CAAAAACAUAACAAACAAUCGAUGAAAAAAGUUAAAACAAUACAUUACAAAACAAGAUUUUUAGACAGGUUUCAACGAAACUCAGUGUUAGAGGUCGUUUUAUUUUGAAUAGUAACUGUAGUAGUCAAAUAUGGAUGUAGAUGAAAAACAACCAGUGGCCUGGGAUGCUGUUGUGCUGACCUGCUCCAACAAGGAAUGGACCCAAACAUUACAGCAUGAACUGGAUAUUCACCAUAAAAAAGGCUAUUUGGGUAAAGAUGUGAUUCACUUGGUGGUUGAAGAUCCCAAAUCAAACGUUGGGAGUGGUGGAGCUACAUUGAAUGCACUCGUGACUGUUGUGGAAUAUAUGAGUGCCAGACGUGGAUUCACGGUGAUCAAUGGCGAUGUUUUGAAAAAUGCUAAAAUUUUGAUACUUCAUACUGGAAGGAGGUACACAUACGAGGCCUGUAGUCGGCCUUUUGUCACUUUACCUGCUGUUCGAAGCCGACCAGAAUUUGAUGGGUUGAUCUACAACUUUGAUCUCAUUUACUCCAUCAUAACACACAAGAUUGGUGUGUUCAGUGGAGCUGGUGUGUGGGUGUGUAGUACAGACAUGGUUCUGUCUCUGCCAAGUUUUUUAGACUGUGAGUCAGCUUUCACUAAUUGUGAUGUGUGUGCUUUGAGUAUCCCAAUGCCACCCAAAAUUGUCAAAGAACAUGGAGUAUACCAGCUUGACCCACAGGGCUAUAUAGAGAACAUCAUCUACCAACCUGACUUAUCAACAUUGGAGGGGUGCACACGACCUGAUGGAACAGUCCCUGCUACUGUAGGGGCUGUGUUUCUGUCUGAGGCUGUUGCUGAAACUCUCCUGUCUUUUUACACCAAGCCACCGUUAGAUGCUUGUACGUACGUGGGGCUGGACAGUGGUCAGCCACAACUGAAGUUGUCCUUGUUUUUUGAUGUGCUACUACCAAUGACAUCAGCAGUAACAGAGGAAGAUUUUGUCAGGGGAAAUCGCAGCGGGCCCUAUGGGAAGCCAGGCACAGCAGAUCCCACCAACACAAGACUGAACACGGAGUACGCCAGACAAACACUGUGGAAGGAGCUCCAUGGAUACCGCAUGAAAGCAUGUGUUGUAGAGGGUGGCAAGUUCCAUUACUUAACCCACACAGCCACUGAACACAAGAAGCUUCUGCUCAACUUUCCUGAGACUGACCAACUGGGCUUUAUCUGGACCAAACAAGCCCAUGUUGAUAUUGAGCCAACGUGCUCCGUCAGUGAGGAGAGUGUCAUCAUCAACUCAAGGCUUGCGGGAGAAGUCAGCGUGGGGGGCAGGACGGUCAUAUCUCACUCUGACCUCAGUGGGCAGAUAACUGUUGGUAAAGAUUCACUUUUGACUGGGCUUCAGAUUGAUAUCCCCAAGGGCAAAGGUGUCCAGCUUCCAGAUGGCAUUGUGCUACAAGGUUUUAAUGUACAUCUAAAGACCAUGGGGAUGUCUAGACACAUGAUCACUGUGCAUGGCCGGUUUGAUGAUAUAAAGGGACCAACCUGGAAGAGCAUGAGCACAUUCUGCAACCAGCCGUGGCUUGUGCUGCUGGACAGGACUGGCAUCACUAGGGAGGAGCUGUGGGAGAGUAACAUGGCUGAUGACCUACAGACCAUCUUGACCGCCAAGCUGUUUCCUGUGUUUCACAUCUCUGAACUGGUGGGGCUUAAGGAAAUCUUGUGGCUGAUGGGGACUGUGCAUGAUGACAAGGACAGAACCAUUUUAAAGAGGUGGCGAGAGAGUUGGAGAAUUUCUUUGUCAGAUAUUUUAUCACAUACUGAUGUGGAGACAGAGUUUGCAUGGAAAAGAAAACUGUUUUUCACUGUUGGUGAGCAGCACUUGAAGAAGACCUUACAAUGUCAAGGUCACCUAGGCUUCUGUAGUCUCUACAACAGUGCUAGUGUUGAGGGCUACACAGGGGCAAUUUUUAGUGUCUUGGACAAAGUGGCUGGCGAGACGACAUCACCAGGUAUAGCAGCACGUACACUAGCCAACAUAGCUGACAUGCUGGGUGGGAUGGCUGGUACACAGGGCGGGCUCAGGAGUGGACCUGCUGGAAAUAUGGCGUGGAAGAAAGCAUUCUCUUAUCUAGAGGCUGGAAACUUUGCUCAAGGAGUGGCUGCUAUGGCUAAGGAACGUGAAAAGUGGAUGGGUCGACCUGACCUGUUAAUCAGAGCUGCACGUCAUUACGAGGGGGCAGCCCAGAUACUCAUUAGACAGGCUGUUAUGACAGCCAAAAAGUUUUUCAGUACAACUGAUGCUGCUCUCCCUUUGAUGAACAAAUGGAUACAAGCAGACUGUCCAGCCCGUAUAGAUAUAUCAGGUGGUUGGUCGGAUACGCCACCAAUCACGUACGAACAUGGUGGUGUUGUCACUAUGGUGGGACUGCUGGUUAACGGAAAAAGACCAAUUGGAGCAAGAGCAAGAAGAAUCAGAGAGCCAAUGUUUAAGCUGACCGUCCUAGACGAGCAUGCGGCAGACAUAAACGUGGAGUGCCACCAUUUGGCUGACCUGGAGGAUUACUGUCAGCCGCAUGCCCCGGGGUCCCUGCUCAAAGCCGCCAUUGUGUGUGUGGACCUGGUGGACAUCCACUCAUCCACACCACUCUCCCAGCAGCUCAUGGAUACCUAUGGCAGUGGGUUUGAGAUCCAGUCCUGGUCCAACCUGCCCCAUGGCUCAGGUAUGGGCACCAGUUCCAUCCUUGCUGGAGCUGUCUUAGCAGCUGUACUCAGUGCUGCAGGGAAAGGAUUUGACACAAAAGGUCUUGUGCAUGCAGUGCUAUAUCUAGAACAGCUGCUGACCACAGGUGGUGGCUGGCAGGACCAGAUAGGUGGGCUGAUAGGUGGGAUCAGGCUAGGUCUGUCAGAGGCCAAGCUGCCCCUGCAGGUGGACGUGGUGGACCUUCAAGUGAGGAGAGAGUACGUUGAGAAGUUCACUGAUCACCUGGUGCUCAUCUACACAGGCAAGACCAGGCUGGCUAGAAACUUGCUGCAGGAUGUGGUCAGAAACUGGUACGCAAGAAAUCCUUUUAUUGUCCAGACUGAGGAUUCCCUUGUGGUUCUGGCUCAAGAAUGUGCCCACGGUGUCAUGGAUGGUGAUCUGGAAAAAGUUGGCAGCUGUGUCAGACGGUACUGGGAGAUGAAGAAGCUGCUGGCACCAGGCUGUGAGUCCACCACCAUCGCCUGCAUCAUGUCCGUGCUCAAACCCUACAUGUACGGCAUGUGCAGCGCCGGGGCAGGGGGUGGAGGUUUUAUUUACGGCAUCAUGAAGGAGCCCCGCUGUCAUUCCUUCAUCAAGGAGAUUCUGGCACAGCAGGAGGGUCUUGAAGCUGUGGUGUAUGAUGCCUGUGUUGAUGAGAAUGGUCUAACCAUCACACUGGAGGAAUAAAAUCAGCUCCAUCUUUGCCCUGGAAGUCAUUUGAAAAUGAUUGAACACAAAUUUUUUAGAGUGUUAUUUAAAUAUUGCAGUAUUUUGAAAAAAAAUGUUGAUGAGAACAAAUAUGUAUAUAGCUGGUUUUGCAGUAUUUUAGAAAAUGCCAUGAAAAAAAAGCCAAAAAUGUAUGUAAGUUUAGCGAUAUUGUUGGAAAAUGGGGAUGCUGUCAACUAGUGAUAGAGCCAGAGAUUGCUGACCAGAUUUAUGUGUCUUUUCCUUAGCCGAGGUCACUAGCCACACCUAGCUAUGAUAGCUAUAUGAACUCUUCUUGAUCUGACACACUCAUGUUCAUGUUUAGAAAGAAUCUUACUUUAUAUACAUUGAUAUAUUUUAGAAACUUUGCAAUUCUUCAAUCAGAUGAUAUUUAAAAAAAAAACAUCCAUAUUAUUACAUUAACAAAUAAUUUAAUGUAGAAAUGAAAAGAUAUUUUUACUGUUAUGUAUUGCCUUUUGAUAGCAGAAAUAUGCAUUGGGCUGUGUCUUUCUCAAAGUGCACUUGACACUGUGUGAUAAACCAUUUUUUUAAAGUGCUAAAAGGUGCAGGGGAAAAUGUUUGUGUAAACAAAAGGUCAGAACCUUUGAUCAAAACACAUUUUGUGUAGUUUACAACAUGAAAGAUUUUGUCCUGUAUGGUUGUAUGUUGUUUAUGAGAGGAAACAUAUUUGUAUGUAUAGUUCAUUAGUCUUCUCUGUAUGCAAUUGUUCAUUAAUGGGAUUCACUUUUUAUGUCACCUAACUUAACAAAUGUAUUGAUAAUAAACUAGGCUUCUUUUUAUUUUUAUUAGAAAUUGAAUUAACUUAAAUUUGUUGAUUGUGGUUUUUGGUCAUAAUGAGCAAUAAAAAUGGAGAUAGUGUCUACACUUAGGGUUUACCUAUGUAUUUGUACAUUAGAGAUUUAACUCAGAUGAGGAGUGUGGGGUUUAUUUGUUAUAAGAAAUACAAUGUCUGGAGAUAUUUACUAAAGGCCUAAUGAUUUUUUUAAACAUUUAUUUUUACAUUGAAGUUUGUAGUAACAAACAUUAAUAUAAAAUAUAGAGGAAGUCUAUAUUGAAAAGUUACAGGUUUUGUUUUAUAUGAGAUUUUGUAUUCAGUUUUAUUGCAGUUUAGAAACAAAAUUCUUCUUAUACACUAUAUACUUUUUCAGCUUUUUUUUUGUCUGCCACUAUAUUUUUAUUUCUAGUUGUGUGCUUGAAUGUUAGAUUAACCAUUAGGCUACGGAAUUUUUCUGGACAAACCCUUAAGUUAAUUAAUCCACUGCCGUAGGGCUUUGUGUGUUUCUACAACUUGAUUAACUUAGAUUUUUUAUUAGUUUUUUUUUUUUAAAAUUUAAAAUAUUAUAAUUUAAAAGAACAACAUUGGAAAAAACUUGAAGCCAGGGAAUGGCCAAAAGAUUCUAUUGGCCUCAUGAGACCAGACUGGGCUCAAAGACUUAAGUGGUUGUCAUCACCUCCUGGCAUUGGUUUAAAGUGAUUCUCUGUAUUCUGUAUUCCACAAGUUCAUUAUAAUUCACAUUUUUUAAUGAAUUUAAAACCUUGCUAUUUUAGAGCCAAGUGAUUUUGUUUUAGAAGUUUUGUAUUUUUUACAUUUGUACUACUUUACUUGUGGGAAAUUAUAUUUAUAAGGUAUCAACAAAUAAGGUGAAGAACUUGGUUUACUUAUUCAUUUAUGAAAAAUGUUUAUUUGCUUUAUUUAUUAUACGUUGGCACUACAAAAAUGUUUGCUUUGUGCAAUUAGCUGCAUGCUUUUUUUGCUUCAUACUUUUGAUGCUCACUUUGUGUUUUGUUUUAAAGAUCUUUAUU